CCUCUAAAGCGGACGCCUGGCUCUUAGUCCUCCAAGUGUUUCUGCUGCAGGCAAUCAAUGAGGACCGCGGUGCUUACUUCUGCGGCUCUCUGUCCCUCGUCCUCUCAUUCGCCUUACCAGAUAUUAUAGUGCAUCUCAACUUUUGUACACGCAUACAGGCAAGGGGAAGUUUGGAUUCCGUUUUUUCUUUCUUUUUUUUUUUUUUUGAAUUGACAAUUCACCUCUUGUUUUCUGUAAUAAAUAUGAGAGGUCGUUUUGUUGACACUUUUGUUUGGAAUGUAAUGUGUGCCAUUUCUCAUGCUGUUUUACGGGUAGGAUAAGGAAUCAACAAAAGGUGUGACAAGAGCUUGGCGGACAACUGUGGAUUUCUGCGAGUAACUCCUACCGUCCAAAGGGGAUGAGGGGGGCAUCGGCCGGACCCCCCUCUUGAUUGAUCACUUAUUAGUCAUCCCUUUGGCUAAAUGGGACCCAUUGAAAAGGCACCGUGGAACACAUACAUGAAUCAAAUAUUCCUGUGUCCCCUGAAUGUCUCCAGAGUAGUUUUGCUUAAGAGAGGGGGUCGUGGCUUAGCAUUAUAAAGAGGGGAAAACAGCAUAGCUUUAUGGGUUUAUUUAGACAGUUUCUACGGUUUGACAUUCUACAGCUGUAACAGAGAAGGAGAAACUCGAGAGGAUUCCAAAGAGGAGAACAUUGUGGACAUAUAUAUUUUUUCUAGUAAUUCCGUUCUUUCUUUUUUUUUUUUUUCCUCUUAUUUUAAAUAUUUUUUUUGCCAUUACCUCUCCCGAAAAAUGAAACUUUGGACAUCUCCCUGGGUGUCUUGCCUGGUGAUUCUCCUGUUGUGUUUUGGAUCAGAGUGCGGGACAGUCCGGAGAAAGGGGAGAUCCAAGAGGGAGUUGGUGCGCAUUAGGGAGGCAAAAGCCACCAUCCCAGGGGCUUGUGCCACACGCCUGCCCCGGGGCAAACGCUCUUUGCCCGGCUUGGAGCGGCGGGUGCUCCGCCAGCGUCGGCGCUCCUCUCUUGCGGAGGAAAACUCUCCAGACCGGGGGAAAGCUGUCUAUUUUACCGGCAGGGGAGAUCAGCUGCGGUUGAAACCCGGCGUGGAGAUACCCAGAGGAAAUUUCACUCUUGAGAUGUGGAUCAAACCGGAGGGAGGUCAACGCUCACCCACAGUGAUAGCAGGCCUAUACGACAAAUGUUUCUACGCCUCCAGUGACCGAGGCUGGGCUGCUUGGCAUCAGGCGUUAGUGAACAUGGGAACCGUGACCCUUGACUUUUUUUUCUCCCUUAAAACUGACCGUGCCCACAAAGUGACCUCCAUCCACUCCAACGCUCGCUAUUUACCCAACCAAUGGGCACACGUUGCCGUCACAUAUGAUGGCGUGUACAUGAAGCUCUUCUCAACGGCGCCCAAUGGUGUCAGUCGGGAGCAAUCGGGCGAUGUAUAGCAUUUGACAAAAAAGUGCAAAGUGCUGAUGAUCGGGGGUAAUGCACUGAAUCAUAAUUACAGGGGGGAAGUGGAGAGAGUGUGCCUGUGGAGGCAGGCCAGGGGGCAAAGGCAGAUUGUCAGGCAUAUGCAAGGCCACGAGGACACCCAAGAUCUACCUCAACUGGUCAUACGUGAAACAUUCGAGUACCCGGGCCGGAAGUGGCUAACCGUAAAAGAUGGUAGCUUUCCUAAGCCGGACCUGGGGGGAGGUGGCAGGUUAGGAUUUCUGGGUGGUGGUGGUGGAAUUGUGAAUUCUGAGGGAUUAUUGGACACAACGCUGGACCCGCCGACCUGCGGUCAAACUGUCUGCGACAACGUUGAGGUCAUCAAAAACUACAACCAUCUUUGGACCUUCCGUCGACCCAAGAAAGUGCGUUAUCGUGUAAUAAAUGUUUGGGACGACGCUCGGAUGAAGCCAACCGUAUCAGAUCACCAGAUAAGCCUGCAGCACCAGCAGCUAAACGAUGCCUUCAGCCCCUACAACAUCACUUGGGAGCUUAGCAUUUACAACGUGACCAAUUCCUCCCUUCGAAACCGCUUGAUUCUAGCUAACUGUGACAUCAGCAAAGUUGGCGACGAUGUGUGUGACCCAGAAUGCAACCAUCCGCUGACAGGGUUCGAUGCAGGGGACUGCAUGUCCGGGUUUCGGAGCCGCUGCCCAGAACACAAGCAGGGAAAUGGCGUAUGUGACCCUGAAUGUAACUGGGAGAACUUCUUCUAUGACCUUGGCGACUGCUGUAACCCCAAUGUGACAGAUGUCACCAAGACGUGCUUCAAUCGCUCGUCUCCACACAAAGCCUAUUUGGAUGUUAAAGAGCUGAAAGAGAUUCUACGUUUGAAUGGCUCAACUCACCUGAAUGUCUUCUUUGCCAAUUCUUCUGAUGAAGAUCUGGCGGGGGUUGCCACCUGGCCCUGGGACAAAGAGGCCCUCACACAUUUGGGUGGGAUUGUUCUGAACCCUUCCUUCUAUGGUACAUUUGGUCACACUGACACAAUGGUCCACGAGAUCGGUCACAGUCUCGGACUUUAUCACGUGUUUCGAGGUAUUUCAGAGAUUGAGUCUUGCAAUGAUGCAUGUUUGGAGACUGACCCUUCAAUGGAAACCGGAGAUCUGUGUGCCGACACCAACCCAACACCCAAAUACAAAGGCUGCCACGAUCCCGAACCUGGCAACGAAACCUGUGGCUGUCGCCAUUUCACACACACGCCGUUUAACAACUACAUGAGCUAUGCAGAUGAUGCGUGCACAGACUCAUUCACGCUCAACCAGGUUGCGAGGAUGCAUUGCUACCUGGACCUCAUCUACCAGACAUGGCAACCCGCUUCCAAACCUCCUCCGGUGCCAAUGUCCCCUCAAGUGGUCGAGCAGCAUCAUAAUUCCAUCACCCUGGAAUGGUUUCCACCGAUUUCUGGACACUUUUAUGAGAGAGAAGUGGGAUCAGUGUGUGAUAAAUGCACUGAGGGUGGAGUUCUAUUGCAGUAUGCCUCCAACUCCUCCUCCCCCCGACCGUGUGCCCCUUCGGGACACUGGUCCCCGCGAGAGGCUGAAGGCCCUCCAGAUGUGGAACAGCCUUGUGAGCCAAGCGUGCGCACUUGGAGCCCAAAUGCAGGAAUUGAGCAAGGUGUUGUCGGCCUGUCGGAGUGCCCCCUCCAGGGCUGCAUGCUUCAGCUGGAGUUCACCUACCCGCUGGUACCAGACUCCCUGACGGUGUGGGUGACCUUCUUCAGCCCAGAGGAAACAGCACUGCCAGCCAUCCACAACAUCCUGCUACUAACCGUCGGUGGGGGGACCAUUUCAUUGGGCCCGAGUAAUGUCUUCUGUGACACCCCACUGACUCUGAAGCUGGACACAAAAGAAGAGGUCUAUGGUGUACAGUUUUUCACUAUGGAGCAACAUCUAGAGAUCGAUGCCACCCUCUUGGCAUCCAAGCCAGGCAACAAGCUUUGCAAGGACUGCCAACCGCUACGCUACCGGCUGCUGCGCCAACCUCACUUCACCCAUGCACAAUAUGGUCUGAUGUUGAAUGAACCUACCCGCCGAUAUACAGACAGGGAUGUGGCGCCACAUGUUGUGUACACGUACCAGGUCCAAACCAUCUCCGCCCGGAGUGAGAGCGAGCCCUCCCCACCUCUGAUACACGAGCUAGGGGCACCCUACUGUGGAGAUGGACGGAUCCAGAGUUCCAAAGGAGAGGAAUGUGAUGAUAUGAACUCAAUGAAUGGUGAUGGCUGCUCCAGUCAAUGCAAGAAGGAAGCCUUUUUCAACUGUGUCGAGGAGCCAAGCCUGUGUUACUACUACGACGGCGAUGGGGUGUGUGAGGACUUUGAGCAGGAGACGGGCGUCAGGGACUGUGGCCUCUACACUCCAAAUGGUUUCCUUGACCAAUGGGCCUCCGCAGUCGAAGUUUCCCAUGAAGAGAAGCUCUACUGCUCUGGUGAUGUGACGGCUGGAUACCCUGCAGUUACCAAGACAUGUCAGUCCAAAGUGUUCGAUCUGUCAGAUGGAGUGUCCCAGUAUGCGUGGUUCCCCUGCCGCGAGGCUCAUAAGUCAACAUGGGGAUAUCCUAACUACUGGCUAAAGGCCCACUUUUCUCAUCCCAUGGUGGCGGCCGCAGUGAUUAUACAUCUGGCUGCUGAUGGGACUGGUUACCUCGACCAGACGCAGUGUAACAUCACUGUUCAGCUGGUGGACACCAAGGAAGGCAUCCACAGUCUAGGCGAGUGGCGCCUCAGCUGCCGCACCAACCCUCUGGUGAUCCCAGUGAGCCACGACCUGUCGGUGGCCUUCUACCACACCAAGGCCAUCCUGGUCAUGUUCGCCUCCCGCCUGGUGGCCAUCUCCGGGGUGGGACUGCGCUCCUUCCAGUCGUUCGACCCCAUCACGAUAAGCGGUUGCCAGAGCAACGAGAUCUACAACCCCACAGGCCAGAGUUGUGUAUAUUAUUCGCGCGAAGGAAUUCACAGCCAUAAACUACUAAGCCGCAUGGCUUUGCUAAGUGCAUUAGCCCUGGCCCGCCACUUUUACAAAGGAGACAGAUGCUCCCUCCUUAGUCACUCUGGCUUGGCACGGCAAGCCUCUCGGGAGGAUGACAUCAUGAACAUCCAGUCGGCUACUGCAGUGACUAUCACCUGUGCAAAUGGGAAGUGGAACAAACAGGUGUCAUGUGAGCCUGUGGACUGUGGUCUGCCAGACAAAUACCAUGUCCAUCCUGCGCUUUUUGACUUCCCUGAGGGCACCACUUACGGAAAGAAGAGCACCUUCCAGUGCCGAGAACCUGCCCAGCUCGUAGGUACGAACAACUCCCUUACCUGUUUAGAAGACGGUCUCUGGUCCUUCCCGGAGGCUCUUUGUGAACUUCGCUGCCCAGCCCCCCCUGUCGUACCCAAUGCUGUUCUGCAGACCAAGCGCUGCAAUGACACUGGCCUUAAAGUGGGCACGCUCUGCAAGUACAAUUGCAGGCCAGGUUACCAUGUCAGCAACAAACCUAAGAGGCGUGCUUUUAAGCGCCAGUGCACGGAGGACGGCAGCUGGCUAGAGGGGGCAUGCGAGCCGGUGACUUGUGACUCCCCACCUCCCAUCUUCCACGGCUCCUAUCGCUGCACUGAUGGCUUCCGCUACGACAGCGUCUGCAAACUCAACUGCUCUGAUGCCGCCGGUAAUUCUGCCACUGCCGCCAAAGGACGCCAAACGGUGAGGCUGCUGCACGCUCCAUGCAAGCAGGGCGCAGGGUCCAAUGCCAUCCGUUGUAAGAAGGACGGAACCUGGACAGGGUCGUUCCGCUUGUGCCCACACAGCAAAGGCCAGUGUUCUUUACCUCAAAACCUCCAUCAUAGCCUCCAGUACUCAUGCAAGCAAGGACACGGCAUAGGCGAGGAGUGCGAACUAACGUGCAGAGAGGGUAACAACGACGUGGUGAUCCUCCCGAGCAACAUGACAUUGGAAAAUGUUCUUAUUGAACAUUGGAGGAACCCGCACAGAGUCAAAAGUAUAGUCUGCACGAUGGGACUGAAAUGGUAUCCACACCCCGAACUGCUACACUGCAUCAAAGGAUGUGAACCGUUCAUGGGAGACAACUACUGCGAUUCGGUCAACAACAGAGCCUUCUGUAACUACGACGGAGGAGACUGCUGCCAAUCCACUGUCAAGACCACCAAGGUGAUUCCAUUCCCCAUGUCCUGUGACAUAAGAGAUGAAUGCUCCUGCCGGGAUCUGAAUGCUUUCGAGAACAGGAAGGAUGAACACCUCCACUCCCUCGGGUGACCGCCCUGCGCAGGGACCUCUGUUCAACGUCCCAUUGCUCCAACACAACACGGCCUGAGUCGCUGUGAGAUCAGCAGAUCCCUUCUUCAUCCUCCUCUCGGCCUCCAAGUUUCCUGCACAUGCUGCUUAACAGGCAUACCUCUCCAUCCAUACUGCAACCUCAACCAGCUGAAUGGUCUCCGCCUCCACGUCACUGAAAGAUCUAGAAUAAAUGAUGGACCCCUUGAGACUCCACAGUAAAUUCCUCAGCUAAAAGGAAAGUAACUCCUGCAAUUACAUAAUAAUCAAAGAAAGCAAUUUCUUUUCUUAUUUUUAAGAAGGAAAACAAAUACAGAAGAGAACCUGAACAAAAAAUAUAACCCAGCCUAGGUAGCAUGCCUUUUGUUCUGGCUUCAGUGUCUAUUAGUGACCUUGCUAUACAAUCCUAUCAUUGAACUAAAGUUUAUUAAAAUUAUGGAAGUGGGGGAUUGUGUUUAUGUUGGCUCUGUGUUUUACAAAUAUGAAGGAAAUCAAGACAAAAUAAUCCUCAGACACUUUAAUUGCAUCUUUUUAGAGGAGCUUAUAUCAUUCCUGGUUCUUAACCGGUCAGACAUUCUGUAUUGUAUGUAUGUCAUUUUCAGAAGUGUGUUUCUUCGUAGGCACGUCAGAGGCUAUAGAGGUUAUUUCUAGCUUGGUGGGGAAUGCGACAGCCAUGUAGUUAAGCUUCAAGCCACAUGUUCAACACAAAAGCCAAAAGAUAAUGCACAAAUACAGUACAAAAAAAAAUCAACAACACACAUACACAAUAUCCUAAGAACAUUUUAUACUUAAAGCAAAUUCCCGAAUGCAUAUUAAAAACAAUUUAAGCAUGGCUUAUGCUACUGUGUUUGCUGCUACUUCACAUUAUUAUAUCUAAUAGGGUGAGACAGCUUUGUGUGCCAUGCCGCUGACAGGACCUCUCUAUAGCAUCCAUUCACACGUGCAUGUUAGUGCAUCAUACUUUGAAAGAACACAGGUUGAAAUCACCAGAUAUGAUAUGCACUAAGAACUUAAAAAAAAAAAAACCCAGAACCUCACUUGUCAUCCCCCUUCUUACCCAACCGCUCAAUAAAAUAGCUACCACGACUUAAAGAAUGUCAUUGUUAACACCUCGCUUUAGGUUGGGGUGAUUCAAGGUUCAGUUUGAACCCCUCCCUCUCGACGCUUGAAUAGAACUCGUUACCUCAAGCGCUGGUUAAAAAAAAACCCGAUUCUAGCCCUGUUCAGAAUGUAGUCAAUGCUUGUCGGGGGUCUGUGGCUUUUUUUGUUGUUUUUGAUCGCACAGUCCUACACAGCACAGCCACACAAUAGUAAAUAAAUAAAGGGCUGGAUAUCUGCCAUGGCUUUGACUGAAAGUGAGUACAGGUGGAAGGAGACAACAUCUGACACCUAAAUAGAUACACAUAUAUCUCUCCUUCCCUCCCCGUCCCAGUAGUUGUGGAUUCUCAGCUGUUGUGCUGCACACAAUUAACUAGUAUACAUAAACAUGACAUUUGGAUGUAUAUUUCAUCACAGCAUUUGCAGUCACAAUAUAAUCAAAAGGUUCCUACGAGUUGCUGCUGGGUCUAGUUUUUAAGGAAUGCAUUGAUGCAGUUAUGUUUGUCUCUGCAGUAAAAAGUGCACUUGGAUUUUUUUGACCAGCACUUUCCAGUAUUGUGAACUUGGGUGUCCGUCCCCACCAAUUAACUUCUUUAGAUGUUAUGGCUGCUACAAUAGCUUCGUGUUUUGAUAUUCUUCACUAAAGUCGCAUAAACAGUAGUUUUUUUACUCAUGCACUCAAGGCUGCUCGACAUAUUGAUCCAAAUUUCACAACAAUUUCAUAUCAUUUUAAACCAAUGUUGGUGAAGAACUAAAGGCAUUCAGAAAAAGUGAUAUGGUAUUUUUAUCCUCCAAAUAGAACUUUUUUUUCCCAUGUAAAUAUUACUAUAUGUUGUUGAUGGACAACUGUGUUGAAACAUGUUUUUGGUUUUUGUUUGUAUUUCAUUUUUUACACAAUGUCAUAUUUAAUCAGUGUUUAUAUUAUUGACCUCAGUUACUGCACUUUUUUUAUUUUCCGUGUAAGGAGAAAAGUAUAUCUUUCAAAAAUGUUUAGAAGCUGCUAUUGUCCGAAUGGUGAUCUGAAACAAACUGAAUGUCAUGAUAUUCAGUCGUUUGACUCCCUGUGUCGCUAUUAGCUUUCCUAUCAUUAGUAUGAUUUGUGUUUGGCCAUGAUUCCUUCUUUUCAAUCCUAAGCUGACUUUGCAUUUGAGGUUAUCAAUGAAGUAGAGAGGUAUUGUCUCUACAAACAAUGAAUCCAUCCGUCUUUCCAUCAUCCACACAGGACCCACAAACCCCCACCAAAAGUUGGAAAAAUAGAUUUUUAUUUAAGGUCUAACUACUGCAAGUUAGUUUGCAAUGGGGAAGGAUACUAAAUGAAUUAAACGGGACUCAUGACUAACUUUUAGGAAAUAUGAACUUUGAAAGCACGUUCUAUAGGCUCUAUCAUCAGAUUACAUCAAAACAUAUAAAGUCCUGCAUACAUUUUUUGGGGGGGAUAUUAUCAAAUUAUAUGUAAUAUUAAUGGUAAAUGGAAUGUAUUUGUAUUGUGCUUUUCUAGUCUUCUGACCGCUCAAAGCGCUGCAACAAUACAUGUCAUCAUUCAUGUAUUGAUGGCAGGAGCCACCCGCCCAGCAGCACCUAUCGUUCACAACCGCUAUUCACAGCUACGGGAGCAAUUAGGGGUUAAGUGUCUGUGGAGCUGGAGAUCGAACAAUCGAUCUUCUGGUUGUAGGGCUGCCCCGCUCUCCAUUAAGUAGGACCUACUCCUGGAAAUGCUGCUUAACACUUAACACAGUACUGCAAUUGACUGCACUGAAAAGUCAUGCUAACCUUUUUAAACGGAUUAAUCAAAACUCAAGUCAUUGAAUCCUUCCCUUCUUCAUAUAAAUGAACAUGACCGGCCGUCGCGUCCAAAAACGUAGAACUAUGAAGUAUUCCCUUUUGUGUCAUUAGUCAUUUUUUGGAUCCCAAAAUCAGAAAGGCUAAAGAAUGGGACUUCACGUCAGCUUAAAAAACGACAUUCUUAAUACUGGAGAUGGUACAAAUUAGCCAUAUCUAACCACAAUAGUACCACAAAGUAACACAAUUAUGAAUUGGAUGAGGACAUCACCUCUCUACUGUAGUCAUCACAGGAUCUCUUACUGUACCUCAUGCCUGUAAUGUUUGCUGCUUCUACACUUUUGGUAUUUUAGUGACAUUGUUGCGUCUCAUAACAGUGAUGUACAUAGUAGAACUAUUUAUUGAGAGUGUUAUACUUUUUUAAGUUAUAUUUAAUGUCCACGUAAGUUAUUUUUUACACAAAAAACAUCAUCGGUUGUGAGUCAAAACUGUAAUUUGUCUCUGAUGCUUUGUUGUGAUCAUUUCUGUCAUGCAUCGACCAGACGCACAAUACACUUCAGACUCACAUCCCCACAAGAAACUCAUUGGUCAUAAAGUGUAGAUGCAUCCAAUGAGGAUCCAACUCAUGUCCAAAUGUUACUGAGUGCAGUGUAUCAUUUUCCCCCUUUAACACCCGAAUGUAAAGUUUUUCCUUUUUAUUUGCUAUUUUUUUUAAAUCCACAAAUUAGCCAACACGUACCAUAUGAGGUGUUGUGAAAAGAGAACCAAGUAUAUAAUGGUCAAAUGAAUAAAUCCAUAGUUUAGCGAAUUAUGUUUCACGAGAACAGUCCAAGACAAAAAAAAAACAUACGUACACAGCCAGGAUGGGAGAGAUGUGUCAACAGUUUAAGGGAAAGAAGGACUUGAUGCCACAGGACAGUUGAUGGUUGCCCCAGAAAGAGUUCUUGGACUGCGGGAGAGUAGAAGGUGGGCAGGGAGAGAGAGGCAGGGGGGAGGGACGGGUGGGUGCUUUUCCUGGCUUGUCCGGCUAUUUGUCCAGGUGUGAAAGUGUGUACUCACAGAGGCUGCCCCUGGGCUCGGGGUGGCCAAGCGCUGACUGGCAACCAGCCGAGGCCAAUGAGUCAAUUUCUCCUGGUGGGGGGGGGGGGCGGCAACCAUACGUUUGUGGGACUCCCACCGCCCCCUCCUCCCCCAUGUCCCCCCCACCCUCCUGGACACACUGCCUCAUCUGUCACUGUCAGGUAUGCCUGCUCAGGGCUGCCAGGGUCAAGCUGGCCCUGUGAAAAUGGGAGAGGAUGUUUGCCCAGCUUACAGAGCCUUUUGAAGUUUUGUAGGCUGAAGGAACACAGUUCUCCUCACCUAGAUCCUAUGCUUAUCACAUAAUAUGAUUUGUAUAGCAGCCUUUUUUUUUUUUUUUGACAGGCUUUGAUACCUCUCCACAUUUUCCACCAACAGUCGCUUCUUUGUUUCUAAUUUAACACCCUGCUUGUCGAAAAAAAAUGCCAGAAACCUUGUUUCUAACGCAUUUCAAAGCCAUGGGAAGCGUAGGUAAAAGUGUCUAAAGCCGUAAUAUGUUUGUUCAGAUCAUUGCGGAAAAAAAAUACUGAUGUGCCAUCUUGUUGUAAGACAUUUUCCUUGUGUAUUGUAACACAUGAAAGUACCUCUCACAGGCCUCUGGUUAUAGAAUGGUCCACUUAUGUCUGUUUCCUUAUCCCUCAAUAAAUAAAAAAAGGUGAAUGGUCCUUUUUUUCUAAGUGGAAAAUAAUAAAAAAAAGUGUAUUUACAUAUUACGUGGAUAUCUAGUGGUAUUGCGAUGUUUCGUACCCAAUUGCUCAACAAAUAUAUUUUAAGAUGUAAAUAAUAUAUGAUUGUAUUUGCAAACCAUGUACUAACUGUUGGGAGUAGCUCUCUGAUUGGUUUUCAUCAUAACUAGUAUACAAAAAGAUGAACCGUGAAUAUGUUGUGCAUUGUGUCAAAGUAUCACCUGCAAGACAGAAAAAAGAAAAAAAAGACCUGUGAUGCUUUACCACACCACUCCCUGUCAGCAUUCAUCUGUUAAUAAUGGCUUAGUACAAGCACUGUUGUCAGUUGUCUAAACCAUGAAGUUAUCCAUUGAGUCAUUAAAUAUUUAUUUGUUGUCAAGAUGAAUAAAAACAUUGGUCAUUUCUGCAGUUUCGGAGUCUGUUGGAGUUGAUCCUCACGUCAAACCUGACUGAUCGUUGCGGUGCAUCUGCGCGUGCAUUUCAAAAUAGUCCGCAGACAGCUUUCCAUUCCUUACUCAUUCCUGUUGAGUCUAAUCCCGAUAACUUCGUGUUUUUGCUGGGAAUUUCACCAACACUGUAAAGGUUAGCCAACAGACCCAGUCGUCCCUCUGAUGGCCUGCUGUCUCUUUGGUUCUUAAACAGUACCCACUUUUUCAGGCACAUAUACAACAGAUUGGACUUUUAUGUUAAAGCCAAUAUUUCCCUCUGUUUUCACCGUUGCGGUUGAAUAUAUUUUUGGUGCUCUGGUACAUGGCAAAACAUGUCUGUGUACUAUAUUUUCAUAAGGAAGAGUCAUAUUAUCAUCUUUUUCAUUCUGCUGUCAUUUAUUGUGUAGAAAUAAAACACUGGUUAAAGUGAA